AUGACGGAUGAAGAAAAUACAGAUACAGCUGAGAGCAGAUUUUUACUUUCCCCUGAGUGGCAAGCAAAGCGCGUCUGGAGGAACGUGGUGCGAACCACACAACGCUUAUCGGCGACGGAAGGCAAACAGUCUGUUCUUGUGGUUAAAAAUCAGCCCCUGCAGCCUGUGCUGUUCAUGAUGCCGCGAGCCUUGAGAGAGAAUGGGGCCACUGCUGUCUCCAUGGCCGCGAUCUUCUCCACACUAGUCGUAGUGGUAACGGCGACGCUGAGCCUCAAAACCAAACUCAUGGCCUUGUCAUUGGCAUUGGGUGGCCUCUACCUGGUUCAGCGUGUCCUGGUGGGAAAGCGCCGUCGCUCGGGGCACAGGCUCGUCCAGUACGGUGCAAUGGCAGCCUACUAUCUUCCCGCUCCUCUCGCAUUUUAUGCUGCCAAAGCUGUGUACUCCACGUCCCACAUCGAUGAAUCUACCCCUUUCCUCGUGGCCGGCGUCCUCUUAAUAUUGAGUGUUACAGUUCGAGAGGAUGUACUGCUGCUUGUCACCAACAUGAGAGCCUAUUCUCUCCACUACCAUCCACGAGAUGGUUACAAUUAUCUCAUGUGGCUAGUCUUCCUUGGUUGGGUAUAUUUGGAAUGGGCUCGGAUUCCAGUUUGCAAUCGCAACUGGUGUUGGUGGCGAUGGCUGGUCGGACUUCUGCAGAUGGGUCUACCUUUUCUCGUGUUUUUAAGUAUGUUUGUUGAUACAUCAGACUCCACCUUGGAUUGCCAGACCAAAGCAGUUGCUGACUACAUGAAGCGGGAGUCCAGCAAGUCGUCAACAAGCUCACCCUUCUUUGAUGAUGAUGAUGAUGCUAACCGCAACAGCAGUCUGCUGCUGCUGGAUUGUUGCAGAUAUCCCUUUGUGCAGGGGGGAAAUGGGGAAUGGGUCACUGUCAAAGAUUUGGUGCAGCGAGAUGACCUGCCGAAUGAGGACAAGGACAUUUGGCUCUCCUACAGCUUGUGCCGGCUUUUAGCAAGGCGCUACUAUGGGUUCCACUGCGCAGAAGGAGAUGACAAGGUGCGCCGUCUUCCGCUGGCGGACCUGAGAACAACAGAUGGAUACAAGAGGGCAUUCACCAUUGCUGAGGUGCAGUUGGCUUUCCUUCACGAUUACUUCUUCACCGCCUCCCUCCCAAUCAUAGAAUCAGGAUUGAAGUACAUUGAUGCUGCACAAAAGUUAAUGGAGGUAUUCACAAUGAUCAUUUCAGUCUUGUCUAGUGCCAUUAUUCCAAUCGCCCCGAUUGCAACGUUUAUGUCAUUGUGUACACUAUUUGAGACCCCAAUGUCGUUGUUGGUUAAAAAUCUUUUGGCCAUCUAUUGGCGUCCAAUACACACUGCUUUUUGA